AUGCCGCCAAAAAAGGCAAAGAAGGGGGCUGCGGCGACUAAAAAAGAUGAGGACCUUGGGCCGCAUCCGCAGCCACCGAAUGUUUUUCUGUACAUCCAGUUAGCUAAAAUCGCAAACCUGCCCGAAACUAAACAUCUGCUGGAGAUUCACAUAAGCCAGGGUGAAAGUUUGAUCGUGAAAUGUGAUGAGCACUACAACACUGAUGGUAUAAUAAUUCAGGAUGAAUUCUAUUCGAGGCCUACGUUCACGCUGAUCUUCCAGCAGGACAAUGUGGAUAGGAUCAAUCAUGCGGCAGAUAAUCCUCUCCUGAUUAAGCUCUACUUGCGGGAGCUACCGCCAAAGAAAGACUUUCAAGUGGAGUAUGAAAUGGGCGAGGAGGAGGAAGAGGAGGCGCUUGAUCUGCUGGGGGAUAUCGAUUCCGAUCUCGGUAUAUCUACGGGAAAAACAACAAACUACGAUGAUGAUUAUGAGGCCAGGGAGACGAUCAAAUUGGAACUACUAUGUGUUGGUUAUCUGGAUGUGAUAAAAUUGUUUGGCCACCGACGCAGUAUGAUCAGUGAAGAACUCUUCCUUUACCCAAUGCCGGAUGUAUCCACCGAGCUGCGAACCACUGUUCACACGGAAUGGCAUCUCUACACCCUCCUGCCAAUUGCCAAAAAGCUGAUCUUUACCAACAUGUCCUUUGUGACGUUGGAGAGCAUUUACAACCUGAAGGAAGAGUACAUAUUGGACCUACCAUCCUUGUGGGUGAGGGUGAGUUUCCGUUCCCGCUUUCCCAGUGAUCGGAAUGAAUAUACUUUUAUACCGCUCUGUGAAUUUGGGAAUCUGGAGCGGAAGGUCAUCAGCAUGCAGGACAAUCAUCAUGUCUUCGAGUCCUUUCGGCGCAGCGUGGAACCUUGGAAUGUAACCGGAUUGAAGUCUUCUAUGGAGGUGGAAAUGCAUAGACUCUUCUCAGAAUUGCUUUGUACCGAGGGCAUGACAGUGGACUUUGAGGCAAUCGACCCAUCUUUGGAUGAUGCUCUAGUCUGUAACUCUUUCCACCGUUUUAUUCUUACUCAAAAAUUGGCAGAUAUCCUUUCGUAUGUCAUCACUUGUCAGCAGUAUGUCCUGGCCGUAGAGGCGUUUCAAGCUACUGGCAACUCAGUCAAGCCGCAGAAGGUUUUUCAGGGCAUUCUAGAUCCGUCUAUAAUGGUUUUUCCAGGAGUACAGAACAUGAGAUUCGCUGUCCAAUUGGAUUACACGGGAAAAAUUAAGGCCAAGAAAAAUGUGAGCAUAGUGAGUAAUAAGAGUUUGGAGCGUCAAAAGCUAUUGCCGACGUUCGCCAUCAUAAAGUUGUGCCUGCUGGCGCCGAUUAGUGAGAUCUACAAGGAGCUAAAGGUGUUCCGCGACAGCUUUAUCCGUCAGAAUCGACUGCUCUUCUGUGAUCGUCCGUAUACUGCUCAAAACAAGUUAACUCUUGCUGAAAUCCAAACGGAAGCCUAUGCCCGGUUUGACAAGUUUAUUCGGGACUGCAUUACCUUCAUCAUCGACAAGAAAGUGAUGAAAGUCGAGGAUAAAAAGCAGCACUUUUGCUGUGCUGUGCAGAACCUGACAAACAUCCUAUUGAAGUUGGUGGGCAGUGUUUUCAAUACAAGGACUCCAACAUCUACAAGCACAGAAUUUGCGAAUCUCUGCGUAUUUGCCUAUAAUGAUUUGGAACCCCGGAUUCAUUCAAUAGUGGAGAAGAUGGAGAACGAGGGCUUCGAGAACUAUGCGGUCCAUAAGCAAAUCCAAAUAGAGCGAAUCAUCGACUACUUGAACACCAUUAAACUGCUCUACUUAGUGAGAGAUGAUAGCCUUGCUAAUCUUUUGCUUGAGAAGGCUUUCACAGAGUUUCCUGGAGACGAACGCUUUUGGUUCUUCAUGCUUAUCUCGUAUAUGGAACGCCGUGAACUUGACAAGGCAAAGUUGUUCUUCAUAAAUAAUAAAGUGGCAAGCAUCCAUGAAUAUUUUGCAGGCUGGAUUAAAUUGUACAUCAACUAUAUGGACUCUCGAAACAAUCCGGAGACCGCGGCCGAUUGCACAGAGUGUCUUUUGAAGAGCAUUACGAACUAUGCUGAGCGAAAUCCCCGACACCAGGAUGCAUGGAUCCUAUUGUAUUGCUACUACAAGCGAUUUAAAUAUGAGCCUGGCUGUGCCUUUGCCCUCUGGAGAUUUGCGGAUCAGAAUAGUCACAACCGUAGCAGUUCGACAUCCAAUUCUCCACACAGCGUUUGGGGUCUUUUAUUAACCCUGAAUAUAAACUUUGCAACGAGUCGAGGGACAUUGUUCUUUGAGGUUUUUAGGAUCUUUGUGCGCCUGGGUCUCUACGAAUUUGCCCAGGUUGUCUUUGCCACCGUAGAGCAUCUGGUCAGUGAUGCGGAUCGAUAUAUGAUCAAUACGCAGUUGGCCCUAACGCUUGGUCAACUGCCUGAUGACUAUGAGCUACAGAGUUUUGAAUUUGGGGAAGGGGAGGAAGCUGAUUAUUCAGCCACUAUGAAUGCCCAGCUCAAUGGUAAUGUGCAGUUCAAUCGUGGCAAUCUGGAGGAGGCAGCGUUAUAUUACGAAUGCUGCUUGGCGUUGCCGCCUAUCGGUGAUUAUGAACGCGAUUGCUUCGAGGUCAGCAGAUUACGCUUGGGAUACUUAUCAUAUGCACUGGGCAACUAUGAGAAGUGCAUAGAAGCUCUUAGCAUACCAUUUGCCGGAAAUCUCCUUGUCCUUGUGGCCAACUACAUGAUUGGCAAAUCAUACUAUAAGUUAAACAACUUGGAUAUGGCUCUUAAAUACUUUGCGAAAUCAACCCAGCUGGAGACCCAUGUGCCCAACAUUUGGGGAUUUCUGGCAUUGAUUAACCUAAAACUAGGCGAAAACUAUAAGGCAAUCGAAUGUUGGAAGUACGCCAAAAUAGAGCCCCACUAUUCCAUUGAUGAUGUGAUGAUCUAUGAGGAGUUGGAUGCCAUUGACUAUGACACCGUUGAGUUAUACAUUGAUUCUCCAAAUCUGUUAGGAGAGGACCUCUUCCGGGAAUCACAGUCAGACAUCUAAUUUGUAUAUUUUGUGUGUGUUUUUCGCUGUGAAUUCGAAUUCAUAAAGACCACCAUGCUCACUA